AUGGCGCCGCCAACUUCGCGUGCGCUCGCAACUCUCAGAGUUCCUGCGAAGAGGCAGACUUUAACCCAACAGAUCGAGGACUGGUCGGCACAGGGCAAUGGCAUCAACAUCGAAACCUUCGAUCGAAUCGAGGAGAUUUGGAGUUCCAGUAAAGGAUAUCUGUUUGCCGCACUCUCCACGCAAUCGCAGCAGGAGAAAUUCCUGUUCGAAUACCGAAAGUGGACAGCACUGUAUCUUGCGAGCGUCGGGCAAGAUGGCGCGCUUAUCCUCGACCCAGACGCUCCGGAAGACGUCAAUGAUGGGCCCCUGUUUCCCAAAGACGCGUCCAAACAGCUGGAGUUCGCCUGCAGGGUGUUCGACCGCGGACGGUUGGACGGGGACGAUUUUAGCCAAUCAUAG